AGGGCUGUUUACAGUUGGGAUUGUCAGAUUAGUGACUGAAUGCCACCAUGAGGCCACUAAUCAUCACCCUAUUUAUUUUCAUUGGAUUUUUACGAGUAAGUUCUGUUCUUGUUUAUGGGGUCAUGUAUAGGAACUGUUUUGGAGUCAUUAUGGGUUCCUGUUAUUAGUGUUAUCUGUUAAUGUACCAGUGACUUAUGGGUUUGUUGAGAAGUUUCUAUACAAUGUACAGCACCAUGUCCCAAACAUCUGAUCCAUGUACUUUUCUCUUACAGGAAAGAGAUAUCAAAGAACAUAUUGAGACAUCGGAUUAUGUGACUGAAGGAUUCAACUACAUCAAACUCAGUUUGCCAGUUUGCCCAGUGUCUGUUGAAAAGGCCGGUUAUGUAGAGGAUGUAGAGUGCGGCAAUACCCUGUUUGUACAGGAAGAGAUCAGACCAGUCCCUCUGCUGAUUCCUACAGACAUAAGAUGUGAUGGCUUGCGUUGUCCAAUUCCUUCUAUAGAGGGUCAGCUCACUAACCGAGAGCCAGAGCUGAGUAGCGCCAUCAUUCAGGAAUUCCAACUAAUUGUGCCUUAUAUUGAGACCCUCAUCAGAGAUACUGAGAAUGGCACUAGUGUGAAAGGAAUCCUUUUGGGCGUCUUGUUACCACAAGUCUUUGUCUAUCUACUAGAAUUCUGCUGGUCCAGCAGAAAGAAGGCAGAAAAGGAGGCCCCUGCUGAAAAAGAGAGCGAAGGGCCACAACAUCCUGCUCAAACCCAUGAUAACAUGGAGGCAGAAGCAGAACUUAGUAGGAGUGGAAGCAAAAAGAAGGAGGAGCCUAGAAGCGCUAAGAAGAAGAAAAAGCUGCACCACUCUGAGGCUCAUGAACACCAAGGCUCACAGAGACCAAAUAACAAUGCAACAAUGAACGCAGAAGAGGAGAAGGAAUUAAAGCAGCUUUUCCAGCAGUUCAUCUGCCAAUGCUUGGAAGGAGAUUUCUGAGGAGAAGUCAUAGAGAGACGUGGAUGGGAGGGAGGACAGAAACUUCUCCAGAUUGUUCCUGCACAGAAUUCCCAUAGCGAUUCCUACAAGCUCUGAAAGCAAAACAAGAUUUUUUUAAAUAAAACUUUACUGAAAUGUAAUCUCUGACUUUUCUUUGUCUUUCUUUCUUUCUCAAAAUGGUUUAUGUAAGAAAAGCACCGGGAGGGAACAGAUACAGGGUUAAAGGGUAACUCAGUGAGGGUCACUCUAUGUCUAAUCAAGGGAACAAUCACACAGGUAGUGUUAGGACCUAACAAACCUUUUUAGAGUGUAAUAGAAAUGACAG